AUUCUUUUAUCUUAAGUGUCUGAAAAUCGUAAGUAUUGCCGAAGGAGGGUAAUUAUGUUCUGUAUCGUACGUUGUGUAGUUUCAUUUUAGCCACACACGCAGUUUAAAAUCCCAAUUGAAGCCACUCUCAGGUGAAAUGCUGAAAAUUUCACGGACAUAAAGUAUAAGAUCCAAUGACCAACGACGGCGCAAUGAUACUACCGGACUCUUGCCGUUGCUGCCUUCAGGAAACGAAGAAUAUGGUACACGUGUUCGAUGUGCUGGACGAGUUUCGGAAGAAAAUAAGCGAGCUCAUCGAGCGAAAUGGCCGGGUUACGAUAUUGCCCGGCGACGGAUAUUCGAAGCAAAUUUGCUUCGAUUGCUUGGAUAAUGUGGCGAUUGCGGAACGGUUCUGGAUGCGUUGCAAAAAGACAAUGGAACUGCUACAUAGUCUAGCGUCAGAAGAACCGGAUUGCAUAGAGUGGUUAGAUUCAUCGGAUGAGCUACACGUAAAGGAUGUGGUCGUGGCCAAUGAAGUACCCGACCUGGCUGCAAACGGGGCACAGGAUGUGGAAGAGCUCGAAGAUGAGCAACUGACAACCAUGCUCACUGAUCCUGAGGAGGCUGAUCCGGAGGCCGAAUUCCAACCGGUCCACACAGAGGACAUCGAAACAGGAACCAUUUUGGACGAGGAAAGACUGGACGAGAGUGAGUUUGGCGAUCGUUUUAGCAUCGAAACAGUGGCGCAAUCACCUUCAAACGAAACUGCUGUCGGGUCGCAUGAAACUAACGCGCUUAACGUGGCAGUAGGCGAUAGUCCUGGGUUAAGCUCACGUAAGACGAGAGAUUUAAGACACGUCUGUAGCCAGUGCGGAGCCUCCUUUGUGACAACGCUCCACUUUGCUCGUCAUCUGCGUGGUCACAGUGUCCUGGCGUGCGAGAAGUGUCUGGAAGCAUUUCGCAGUAUCAAGAAGCUAACGGAGCACGAAACAAAAUGUCAACGAGGGAAGUACGUACCGGAAUCUUCGUCUUCCGCUGACCAAAAUGAUGCCGCUAAGAUGGCUGUACGUAAAAAAUCACACAUAUGCCCACACUGCGGCAAAUGUUGGGUUUCAGCUUCCGCUCUGGUUGCUCACUGUCGCACACACACGGGCGAACGGCCGUUCGAGUGCCGGUUCUGCGCAAAACGGUUCACCACUUCGACCGGCCUAGACGCCCACGAACGGCGCCAUCUGGGCAAAAAGCCGUACCGAUGUUCGAUCUGCGGGAAAUGCUUUACCGAGAGCUCUAAUAUGCGAGUGCACAUGAGGCAGCACACACAGGAAAGGCCGCACGCAUGUAAGGUGUGCAAUCGCGCAUUCUCGCGCGUCUAUCUGCUGCAGCUGCACAUGCGAACGCACACCGGGGAAAAACCGUACAUGUGCGAUCUUUGCGAUAGGGGCUUCUCUCAGCAGAGUGAUCUGGUGUCCCAUCAGCGUAUCCACAGUGGUGAGCGGCCGUACGUGUGUGGUAUUUGUAGUAAGUCGUUCAUCAAACGCAACGGCCUGAUGCAACACUUGAAAAGUCACCAAAGACACUUGCCAUCGACCACUUUUCCGCAGUCGAAAUCAUAAUUAAUAUACGUGUGAUAGGCCAUUCUAAUUUCGCUACUCCGUUCGCACUUUAUUGGAGAACGGCAGGUAUUGUGGUCCCCGUUUCCUCUCGAUUAGUGAGCACUCCGAAACAACGCGGGCCAGUUCGUACAGCAUCAUCACUACGAUGGUCGUGCACUCGAUGAUGACGAAGUGUGAUAUCGAAGUACCGAUCUCGAGCCACGAUCCUUCGUUGCGGACGAGAAAGAAAAAGUUCAAACACAUCCAAUCGCACACGAUUAGCGUGAGGGUGAAGAUUUUCCUCUUCUCAACCUGCGAAUGGGAUUAGAAUCGGGAUUAGAAGAUCGGUUUCUUUUUGUGUGGCUUCCAUUAGUUAACGGCAUCUUACGGCUGUAACGAUAACCAUUGCUUUUAGCGAGCAAACUACCAGCACCAGCGGAACCAGCAGCUUGAGUACGAUCAGGGCCAUCAUGGUGAAGGGUGAGAAGGUUGUCACGAAGCAUCGGACCCAGUUCGGAUCGAACGAACUGACCGUUGCCAAAUUGCCAGUACCGAAGAAUGAAGUUAGAAGAAACAGCAUCUACCGAAGAGUCACAGGCACAUUUUUUGUAAAUCUUCUCUUUGCGGACCAUUUUUGCUAUCUACACUUACAAAUGCCAAACAGCGGCGCGUUUGGUGAACGUCGACUGGGGCUUGCGCAGUUUUCGACGAGCAAAACGAUAAAUUCUAAAAGACGAACCACAAUGGAAGAUCAUUCAAUUCUUCUGUCUAUCUAUGAUAAUUUUACCUUCACUUUUCCGUGCACCAAAAAACUCUCCACCUCAAACCAGCUGUAGAGAGUCAAGCAGAAGCACAGCAGAAACAGUGGUUCGUACGAUAGCGAGAGCAUCGUGUAGGGCACGCUAAGACCACUAAAUAACGCCAGCAUACGAUCCGCAAUCAUGGUGCUCCCUAGCAGCGGUGUCACUAGUCCCAGUGCUGUCGAAAGAACAUAUCGGUUCAACCAUUGUUCGAUGUGAAUCUCCUGCAGUUGCUCGAAACGUACCCGAAAACACCCAACAAGAAGUCCUACUCCAUUGCGGAACGGAUUGCGAAGACUCGAUCGCACUGAUGAUGUACAGUAGAUUGAACGCUUGUAACAGUUGCAGCAAGAUGUUAGCCACAGUGAGGAAGGAAGAAAGUGUUCCCCUUUUCAAUAUUACGAUGUUGGUAACGGUCCAGGCAAUGAUCGAUAGAAUGCUGCCAAUGGAGCGUAAACUCAGCAAAAAUGGUGGUUCUGAUAUUCGAAGGUGCGGGUUAUAACUACUUACAGCAAGUAAACGUUCGAAUUGUCACGAUCCACGUUGGGUAUUAAGGGAAAUCCUGCCAGAAGCGUGUUGCAGAUAAACCAUCGCCAAAAGAUGGGCCAUGGAAACUGUGUGCCGCUCUGUUUCACUCUAUACAGACACGCCCCAACGAGGACACAAUGGAGCCAAAGAAGGGGAGCCAACAACCGUCGAUCCAUGAAUGCUAAAACCUGUAAUUGAUUAGGCGCUUAAGCGAAGAGCUAAUUUCUUACCCACAAACUCGCAUCUUACCAGGGUUUCUACGACAAUUACAAAUCCUAAACAAUAGAUCACAGUCUUCAGCCUUACCAGGUGUGUGUAUUCCCUCCAGUGAGCUGCUAUGU